GUUACUAUGAAAGAAGGACUCGGGGUUUGAUAUGGUCAUGUGAUCAGGUGGCUGGUGAGCUGUGGCGUCAGCUUUUACUCCUCCAUCUAAUCAAGCAUGAUUUGAUAUAAAUUGUCUCCUCUAUAGCUCCAAUUCCCCACCUACACAAGUCCUUCUUUUAAUUACUCCUAACCCCCAUUAUAUAGGCCACAAAAAGCCUUCUAUGAACCCCCUGAUCCGGUCCUCUGUCCGCCUCUACUCAACAAUGUCCGCAACACUGUCCCCCACGUCAUCGCCCUUCACCAAGGCCGUGGUGAGCUCCAUGAGGAAGCUCUACCCCGAAACCCUCGCAGACAAAAGCUGGGAUAACACAGGCCUCCUCCUCGAAGCGCCCUUCAACGCAACACAACGCCAAAAGAACUCCGUCCUGCUAGCCAUAGACCUCACAAAAGCCGUCGCAGACGAAGCCAUUGCGCGCAAAGACUCCGCAAUCGUAGCCUACCACCCCAUUAUCUUCCGCGGCCUCAAAUCCCUCACCUUCACCGACCCCCAACAACAAUCCCUCCUCCGUCUCGCACAGGAAGGCAUCAGCGUCUACUCCCCGCACACAGCCGUCGACGCCACACCAGGCGGAAUGGCCGACUGGCUCUGCGACAUCGUCACCGGCUCAAUCAGCCCUUCUUCCUCUCCUUCUUCCACCACCAAUGCGCCAAUCCAAUCCUCCUCCUCGAAGACCUACUCAGCCCCAUCCUACCCAACCCCGCACGCCGUAGUCCCCGCGGAAGCAAGCUCAAUUCCAAAACACACCAGAUCAACCAUCCACCCCUCGCCGCCCCCUCUCCCAGAGAACAUGGAAACCGCCGGAAUGGGCCGUCUCGUUACCUUCGACUCUCCCCAGCCAUUGACAUCUCUCGUGGAUAGAAUCGCAGAGGGUGUCGGAUUCCCCGGUGGCAUUCCCAUUGCGAUUCCACAGGGCAUGUCUGUGGAUGAGAUUUCGAUUCGCACGGUGGGCGUUUGUCCGGGGUCUGGGUCCAGUGUGCUGAUGAAGGGGGGCAAUGUUCCCGAUUUGUUGUUUACGGGGGAGAUGAGCCAUCAUGAGGCGUUGGCGGCUAUUGAGCGGGGGAAGGUGGUUGUUGCACUUGCGCACUCGAAUACGGAGAGGGGGUAUUUGAGGGCUGUUAUGAGGGAGAAGCUGGAGGGAGUGCUUAAGGGGGAGUGGGAGGUUCAGCGCGCGGAGGCGCUGAAGGCAUUGGAGGGAGGCGAGAAGGGGUUGGUGGAGGUUUUGAACGAUGGGGCGUGUGAGGUGCAUGUCAGUGAGAGUGACCGGGAUCCUUAUGGUAUCAUGGUUAGGAGGGUUUAGGGGACUGUUAGUUGUAGGUUUAUUGUCUGAGAACUGAUUGAUGUGGUAAGACUAGGAGAAUCACAUUAUAUGUAAGGAACGUUAUGUACAAAAACUGGGGUUUCGAGUAUAUU